AUGUUUCAGUACUCCCGGUGGUAAUUCAAACAGUGCGUGCGAAUUAACAUGUACGUUGAUCAUGUCAUUGGCCAGGCAUGUUCCUCAAGGCUGUCAGUCUUUAAAAGAAGGUAGAUGGGACAGAAAGUUAUACAUGGGAACUGAACUUAAAAACAAAAUUCUAGCAAUUUUAGGAUUAGGAAGAAUUGGUCGCGAAGUAGCUUAUAGGAUGCAGGCUUUUGGAAUGAAGGUUAUUGGCUACGAUCCUAUUAUAACCAAAGAAUCUGCUGCAGGGUUUGGGGUGGAAUUGCUUAGUCUAGAAGAAAUUUGGCCAAUUUCCGAUUAUAUCACAGUGCAUACACCAUUAAUACCACAAACUAGAAAUCUGCUAAACGACGAUGUAUUUAUCAAAUGUAAAAGAGGAGUAAAGAUUAUAAAUGUUGCCAGAGGAGGAAUUGUUGAUGAAGCAGCACUGUAUAGAGCAUUAAAUAAUGGACAGUGCGACGGCGCAGGGUUAGAUGUAUUAACAGAGGAACCGCCUAAGAGCGCUGAACUCAAAAGCCUAAUAGCACAUCCUAAAGUUAUUGCUACUCCUCAUUUAGGUGCUUCUACAUUAGAAGCUCAAAUAAAAGUUGCUGAAGAAGUAGCUCAACAGUUCGUUGCUUUAAGUAAUCCCAACAGCAAGUAUUCAUUGAACGGACUGGUCAAUAAAAUUAAGAACGGUGCUUGACGAGAUUUUUUUAAGUGUAUAUAUUUUUAUACAUGUUGUUUUUGUAAAACUUAGUUGAUUUAUUUAAUUAUGACCCAUAAUAGUUGUUUUAAUAAACACAAUAUUUAAUAUUAUAAACGCUUGUAUGAUAAUAAACGGCUCAUUUAUUAGACUUUA